ACACACACACACACACACACACAUCCUGAUCAUUCCGCUGAAGAAAGCAGCGCUAAUCACGAAGGAGCGAGUCCCGGAGGAACGACUGAAUCUACCGAGCGAUGGAGUUUCUGAAAGAAGAGAAAGAAGACGCGAUCGAUGCAGAAACACACGACGAGCAGAGAGACCUGAUGGAAGUAGAAGAGGAAACUGAAGAACAGAGUGAGCUUGAAGAAAAUGAAGAACUGAGUGACGCUGAAAAGGAAAGUGAAGAAGAGAUUAAAGAAACUUCAAAAAAAAAAAAAUCUAAUGCGUCACAAAAAAGAACUAAGAGGAAUGGAGCUAGAAAGCUGUGCACCUGCCAUCAGUGUGGAAAGAGUUUCACAUGUAAGGGAAGCCUGAAGGAUCACAUGAGGAUUCACACUGGAGAGAGACCUUUCACGUGCAAGUACUGUGGAAUGGGCUUUAAACAAAGAGCAAGCCUUACAGAACACAUAAGAAUCCACACUGGAGAGAAGCCGUUCAAGUGCACUCAGUGUGAGAGGAGUUUUCAUCAAAGUGGAAGUCUUACAGGGCACUUGAGAUUGCACGCUCAAGAGAAGCCUUUUACAUGCCAGCAGUGCGGGAAAACUUUUGCAAUCAGAGGAAACUUAAAGAUUCACUUAACAACUCACUCUGAUCAGAAGCCGUUCAUCUGUCCUCAGUGUGGGAAAGGCUUUAAAACGUCAGGAUGCCUGAAAAGGCAUGAGAGCGUUCACAGUCAAGUGAAGCCGUUUCACUGUGCUCCAUGCGGGAGGAGUUUCAACGAAAUGACUGAACUUAGAAGACAUUUAAAGUCCUUCAUGCAUAAUAAAUACCUGCCGCUAGAGAAAUUCAUGCCCCAGAGUGGCGCCUCAGAUCAUGGUUUGCCCUCAGGACUGAAUAUGUCCUUCACUAAACCACACUUCCCACAGUGAAGAUCCAGCUGUUUUGACAAAAGUCUGUAGAAGGGGGAUUAAUGUAUUAAAGACAUAAUUAAAACAUGUCUAUUGCAGUAAACGGAUGGCUUAAAAUUCAGCAGUAACAACAUUUUUAAAUGAUUAAAAUUACUUGUUUAUAUUACCAUAUAAUUACAAGGUCUGUGUCUUAUUACUACACCUUAAAGGUAUCACAUCCAUCACAAGUGUAGUAUGGAGUACCACAAGGCUCAGUACUAGGACCAUUUCUUUUCACCCAGUGCAUGCUACCCUUGGGAGAUACCAUCAGGAAACAUGGUGUUAGCUUUCAAUGCCUUUAAAUUCUGCAAAUUUUAUCACGAAGUACAAACAAUAAAUGUGUUUUUCGAUGAA